AUGAUAGCAGUGCCACGCGCCACGCUUGGCCUCGCCCUCGCAGCGCCCGCAGCAUGCGCGGGCGCGUGGCCCGCGGCAUGCGAGGGCGCCGCGUGUGCCAGUUGGUCCGAAGAGAGUGGCGGCGUGACGCUGGUGCAAAGACAGGCUUCCGAACACCCCGUGACCGAAGCCGAAUGGAGGGCCCAACGCUUGGUCUACAACGAGGCACAGGCCGAAGGUGCCCAAGCCUCGCUGGACAGAUUCAUCACCUGGCUCACUGGCAACGGUGGGCCACACGUGGUGCGCUUGCCUUUGGUGGAACAAUGGCAUGCGCUGUCCAAGACGGUGAUCAACCACGGCUUCACGGGCAGAGAAAUCUCCAUGACGGGGUGUUCCACGGGCGGUGGCCGACUGGCCGCUGAGACGUCGGCGCAAUCCUGGAGAGCCAAAACGGCCGAUUCGCCGGCUGUGUGGCUGGAUUUGGGUUCGGAGCUGGCUGUGUGGCUGGUCCGAGUGAGCCGGUCCUGGACGAAUCAGAGACGUGUCGGUGAUGACCUUUUGGAAGGGCUCUUUUCCACGGUAUUCUCGCUCCCAUGGUACCAUAAGCUAGCGCCGACGACGCCCUUCGCACGGCGAGCGUGGCGCACGCCGGAGCCCCACGAGGCGCGCGUCUUCCCAGGCUUCGUGGCCUCGGGCGUGCCGUCGCUGCCGCGCCGGUGCGCCGGCGUUUCAGGAGAGCGUGCAGCGGGCACGCAGUACUACCCACUCUCGCCCCGAGCGCGACGGAGGUCCUUGACUGGCUCCAGCGAGGUGGGUCGCUGGUGGCAUUCUCCUGGCUCGCUGGAAGCCAGCUAUGCCGGCCUCGACCACUUGCGGCGCGAGCGCGAGGGAGCGCGUGCUCCAACGCCGCCUGCACACAGGGCGGGGAUUCUGCAAAGCACCUUGCAGGAGGCGGCGUUUCCGCCUCCAGGUCCUCAGCCGCUGCCGCCGCCCAUGCCGCGGAUGUCAGAGGCUUAUCUGAGCCGACUGGGAGGUGUUCCCGGUCUCGAUCGCCUCCAAGCUGUCGAAGAAGAGAAGCAGGAGCUUCUGCGACGCUUGGAGGCCUCUGGCCGGCGGAACCAGGAGCUGGAGUUGGAGCGACAGACCCUCAAGUCGUCGCUGGAUCGGAUGCAGAAGCUCCUGGGAGAUCUGGUGAAUGUGCCCCAGGAGGUGACUCCGGCGGAGCGGCUCAAGGAGGUGCGACGGUACGGCUUCAUGCCAGUUGGUCCUCCUCGCCCUCUCUCGGAUCCCAGGAUCGACGUCUGGUCGCCCAGUCCAGAUGCACCGGGCUCUCCGUGGCGACACAGCCCAGGUUGGGACUCCGUCCUCUCGCGGGAGGUGCCCAGCACGGCCUUGGCCGACACGGCUCGGAUUCGGGCGGUGUCUUCACCCUUCAACUUCUGGAAGAGAGAGCCCAACCGUUCCGUCAGUCCAGGCUAUCCGACGCCACCGAGGCUGCGGUCCAUGAGCUACGGCCUCGUGACGGAGCCGGUGACCGAGGCGGUCAUUCCCCGAGCAGCGGCGGCGCUGCCGAGCGGGUCGCCUGAACGCUUCCAACCGGGCGAGUUGGUGGCCCGUGGAAGAGACCGGUACAACCUGAUGGAGAUUUGCCAGAACUUGCCCUCGUCGCGGAUGAGCCGCUGGUGA